UCUAGGCGGCGCCGCGGACUCUGCACUCGAGCUGGGCUCUGCUGGAGGAGGCGGGAGCCGGACCCGGUAGGCAGCGUGGGACCAGUGAACCAUGGAGCUGUAUUUUGGUGAAUAUCAACAUGUGCAACAGGAAUAUGGUGUCCACCUGAGACUGGCAAGUGAUGAAACCAGAAAGUCCAGGAAUUCCCAGCAUGCUAAGGCAGGCUCCUAUGGCGUCAGUAUUCGGGUCCAGGGCAUUGAUGGCCACCCCUACAUAGUCCUCAAUAACACAGAGCAGUGUCUGGCAGGCACGUCUUUUUCUGAAAACGGGCCACCGUUUCCAGCUCCAAUGAUAAACAACCUGCCCCUCCAUCCCAGCAAGGGGUCUGUGGUGGAAGAGACCAGUGCAGAAGAACUGCAGCUCCCAGAAAACCCAUAUGCCCCACCUGGCCCAGUAAGAAACCUGAAACAGCCCUCUCUCUUUGAGGGCAAGAAUGGGGCUCUAGAGCGCAAAGAGGAGCCAAGGAAGGCAUCCCCCAUGCUGAACUUUGAGAGGCAUCCAGAGCUUCUACAGCCCUAUGAUCCUGAAAAGAAUGAGUUGAGCUUGAAAAAUCACCAGCCUCCUGAAACCAGUUGGCUGAAAGCUUUAAGAGAAGAAGGGACCAACAAUAAGAAGGCCUGGAUGCCCAAACCUAGCCAUUCACAGCCCACCAGCCCUCCCUCCGAAGACCCGGCCAGGUCCAAUGUGACGGCCAUCCGUCUGUGCAGCUCCGUGGUCAUCGACGACCCCAAGAAGCAGACCUCGGUGUGUGUGAACGUUCAGAGCUGCAGCAAGGAAGAUCCAGCAGAGGAGGCUUUUGCCCCCAGCGGGAGGCCCCUGCCCACCCCCAGCCUGCAAGCCCACCCGGAAGCCAAGAAAACCAGACCGGAUGUGCUUCCCUUCCGGCGCCAGGACUCAGCCGGGCCGGUGCUGGACGGAGCCCGGUCCCGGAGAUCCUCCUCGUCAUCCACGACUCCCACUUCAGCCAACUCUUUGUACAGAUUUUUACUCGAUGAUCAAGAAUGUGCCAUCCACGCCGACAAUGUGAAUCGUCAUGAAAACAGAAGGUACAUCCCUUUCUUGCCCGGAACUGGGCGGGAUAUUGACACAGGGUCGAUUCCUGGCGUGGAUCAGUUGAUUGAAAAAUUUGACCAAAAACCUGGGAUGCAGAGAAGAGGCAGGUCUGGGAAGAGAAACAGGAUCAACCCAGAAGACAGGAAAAGGUCCCGAAGUGUGGACAGUGCCUUUCCUUUCGGUCUCCAGGGGAACUCGGAGUACCUAACGGAAUUCAGCAGGAACCUGGGCAAGUCCAGCGAACACCUGCUGCGGCCAUCACUGGUGUGCCCGCCGCGUGCGCAGGAGCCCCGGGGCAGGCAAGGCGGUGGGCGUGCCUUCGCCAGGCUGCUGGGAGCCCAGCCCAGGCCUCCCCUGCAGAACAAAGACGGGAAAGUUCCAGAAAACAAAGGUGCUCAGGAAAGUCCUACUGGGCGCACAUCCUCCCUCCUAGCACAGACUAAGAAGGAGGAGGAAAUCAAAACAGCCACGGCUACGCUGAUGUUACAGAAUCGGGCGCUGGCGACUUCCCCUGAUUCAGGGACCAAGAGGAUUUCCGUGAAGACCUUUACUUCCACCUCAAAUACUCAGGCCACACCGGAUCUGUUAAAAGGCCAGCAGGAGCUCACUCAGCAAACCAACGAGGAGACGGCCAAGCAGAUACUUUACAAUUACCUCAAAGAAGGAAGCACCGAUAAUGAUGAUGCUACUAAGAGGAAGGUCAACCUGGUGUUUGAGAAAAUCCAGACUUUGAAGUCUCGAGCAGCAGGGAGCACGCAAGGAAAUAAUCAAGCUUCUAAUUCUUCAUCUGAAGUCAAAGAUCUCUUGGAACAGAAGAACAAGUUGACCACAGAAGUGGCUGAACUUCAGACACAGCUUCAACUGGAAGUCAAGAAUCAACAGAACAUCAAAGAAGAGAGAGACAGGAUGAAAGCAGACUUGGAAGUGUUGCAGAGCCAGCAUGACAGCAAGGUGGAGGAGAGCACUGUGCUGCAGCGGCGGCUGGAGGAAAGUGAAGGGGCGCUCCGGAGACACCUGGAGGAGCUGUUCCAGGUGAAGAUGGAACGAGAACAGCACCAGACUGAAAUCAGAGAUCUCCAGGAUCAGCUCUCGGAAAUGCAUGAUGAACUGGACAGUGCAAAACAGUCCGAGGACAGGGAGAAGGGGGCUCUGAUCGAGGAGCUCCUGCAGGCCAAGCAGGACCUUCAGCAUCUGCUCAUCGCCAAAGAGGAGCAGGAAGACCUCUUGAGGAAGCGGGAGCGUGAACUCGCUGCGCUGAAGGGAGCCCUGAAGGAAGAGGUUUCCAGCCACGACCGGGAGAUGGACAAGCUGAAGGAGCAGUAUGAUGCUGAGCUGCUGGCCCUGCGGGAGAGCGUGGAGGAGGCCACUAAGAACGUCGAGGUCCUGGCCAGUCGGAGCAGUACUGCAGAGCAAACCCAGGUGGGGGCAGAGAUGCGCGUGAAGGCUCUGCAAGAGGAGAACGAGAAGCUGCGGGGGAGUGUGGAAGAGCUGGAGCGCACUGUGGCUCGGCUGCAGAGGCAGCUUGCUGACCUUCAAGAUGAUGAGGCCAAAGCAAAGGAGACGCUCAAGAAGUGUGAGGGAGAAACUCGGCAAUUAGAAGAGGCCCUUCUGCAUGCAAGAAAGGAAGAGAAAGAAGCUGUGUCAGCCAAAAGGGCCCUGCAGACUGACCUGGAAGAGGCUCAGAGAAAUCUGAGCCGGGCCACCCAGGAACAGAAGCAGUUGUCUGAGAGGCUCAAAGACGAGGCCGAGCAGAAGGAGCAGUUAAGGAGACUGAAGAAUGAGAUGGAGAAUGAGCGAUGGCACCUUGACAAGACCAUUGAGAAACUGCAGAAGGAGAUGGCCGACAUUGUCGAGGUGUCCCGCACAUCAACGCUGGAGCUCCAGAACCAACUGGAUGAAUACAAGGAGAAAAAUCGCAGGGAACUUGCGGAGAUGCAAAGACAGUUGAAGGAGAAAACUCUAGAGGCAGAAAAGUCCCGUCUGACUGCCAUGAAGUUGCAGGAUGAGAUGCGCCUGAUGGAGGAAGAGCUACGGGACUACCAGAGGGCUCAGGAAGAAGCGCUCACGAAAAGGCAGCUUCUAGAGCAGACACUCAAGGACCUGGAGUACGAGCUGGAGGCGAAGAGUCACCUCAAGGAUGACCGAGGCCGACUCGUCAAGCAGAUGGAGGACAAGGUGUCUCAACUGGAGAUGGAGCUGGAAGAAGAAAGAAACAACUCGGAUUUGCUGUCUGAGAGGAUCACCCGGAGCAGGGAACAGAUGGAGCAGAUGCGGAAUGAGCUGCUUCAGGAGCGAGCCAUGAAGCAAGACUUGGAGUGUGACAAGAUUUCUCUGGAGAGACAGAACAAGGACUUAAAGAGCCGGAUUAUCCACCUGGAAGGUUCCUACAGGUCCAGCAAAGAGGGCCUGGUGGUGCAGAUGGAGGCCAGGAUCGCAGAGCUGGAGGACCGUCUGGAGAGCGAGGAGAGGGACCGGGCCAGCCUCCAACUGAGCAACCGCCGGCUGGAGCGGAAGGUGAAGGAGCUGGUGAUGCAGGUGGACGAUGAGCACCUGUCACUGACUGAUCAGAAGGACCAGUUGAGCUUGCGCUUGAAGGCAAUGAAGCGACAGGUGGAGGAGGCUGAGGAGGAAAUCGACAGGCUGGAAAGUUCAAAGAAGAAGCUACAGAGGGAGCUGGAGGAGCAGAUGGACGUGAAUGAGCAGCUGCAGGGCCAGCUCAACUCCAUGAAGAAGGACUUGAGACUUAAGAAGCUGCCAAGCAAAGUGCUGGAUGAUGUGGACGACGACGACGACCUCAGCACGGAUGGGGGGAGCCUCUAUGAGGCGCCACUGAGCUACACCUUCCCCAAGGACAGCACCGUCAUCAGUCAGAUCUGAGCCCACUUCCAGGGGCUGCAGUGGGAGGCGUGAGAGGGAGCGCCAUCGCCUCCCCUUUGCAGACCAGGCUUCUCCUCUUGACAUCACGUUGUCCUAGGAUCUCUGUGGUAGCACAGCUCUGGUGGCUUGGGCAGCAGCUCUUGCAGGGUAUGCGUUGCGAUGCCCACGGCCACUUGGCAGGAUGGAGCCCCACUCUGCACAGCUGUCUGCCACGCCAUCUGCAUUGCUGAUCCUCCCCCACGUCCCCCUGUCAAGAGAAAGGGUCCAAAGGCUGGUUCCUAUUCAGUAGCCCUGGUGUUGGGGAGAGGAUGAUGUGUAGACUGUACGUAUUUUAAAUCAGACCUUCUCCUAGACUGCUGCUGUUCCAUUUUGGAAUGUUGCAGAGGUUUCAUGGGGUGGCUUGUUUGUAAAGUUCACAUGUGUCUAUUGAGUAUUAUUUUUAAAAAUACAAAGCUAGAUUUUUAAAUAUUAUGGAGCCAGAGGCAAGAAGGAGAAGGUAGAAUAAAGACCACUCUGGACCUCAGAGUUGGAAAAAGGAAUUGUUGAGGGGAAGAGGGACAGUUAAUCCUGAGAAAAGAAGUUCAGGUGGUCUUAGUGAAAAACUCCCUGAAGGAAGGAGGGGAGGGUAAGUCUGAGGUUACUUGCAUCUGUGGUCCUUGGUUGCUUAUUUUAUCUAGAAGUUUGUUAUGAUUUCUGAACCACACUGAGUUGAUUCCGGUCACUAAUAGCCAUUUCUUUUGCGCAGGUAGAGUGGGGAGACUUGUAUGUAAGGUUUUUCCACAAAUGAUGUGGUUUCUGGAGGCUGGAGCCUUCCUCUCAUUUCUUAUUGGUUCCUUCCUUCCCCUUCCCAGAGAAGGUCUGCAAUCUAUACUCUUGAGGCCCCUGGACCAGAUGUUGGUGGGUGGGCACUGGGCGGGUUUGGGGAGCAGGUUCAUGGACUUAGACUUGAGGAAGAGGCAGGUGAUGUGCAGGCAGGUGAUGGGGAAGGAGGAAAGGAGGGGAGAUGAGCAGGUGUGUAGGGGUGUAGGUAGGAAGGAGGAGGAGAAGUUCUUGAAAGCUGGGGGAUGUGUAGAGAAGAGGCGGGUUGAGCAGGAUCCCAGGUUUAUGUCAGGAGAGGGAGAGAAGAAGCAGAAGUGAGAGAAAUAUCUGUACAAACUGGAAGAAUCCUUCCCACUUCUGGGACGAGGGAUAGGGGCCAACCGAAGCAGGGGUAACUGGGACUGGGUGAGGUCUGGGUGAGGCCAGGUCCCUGGGAUGGAAUUUUAGGAAGGCAUUGGGAGCCUGCAGGGUAUCCGGCACUUACUCCUGGGCUUCCUGUGGCGGUCCCCAGGCACACCCAGCGGCCAGGUCCAAUCACAGCUGGUCAGGCCCAUGGCCAGGGAGGGUACCCUGCAAGUUGUAUGCGUUUGGCUGCCUCACAGUGUCUCGACGCAUCCUAGAACGUGAGAAGCGUGUGGCCCCGGCACGCCCUGACAGGUGCCGUGGGGGGAAGGAGGGAGCAAGGGGCUCUCAGUGCCCUGCCGAGCCCAGGUCACAGAGCCCAGGCAUCAGGAUUCAGAGUGGUCACCCCAAUGCGUGGGUAGGUGUCAUCACCCCCUGUGGGUGAGGCCCCCAGAGCAGAAGUGCGAAGCCUUCCUCUAGCUCUGCCUCUUGCCUCUGCUUACUUAUCUGGAGUAUGGAGACAUGCCUCCCUUUAACCAUUCAUUCGUUUAGCAGAUACUUAUUGGACAUCCACGAUACCCCAGCCUCUGGCACUGGGAACACAGCAGGGAACGCAGAGGCUCACAGUCCCUACCUUCCUGGAGUGCUGUCAUGGGGAGGGCGACAGACAGCAGGCACGCUGAUGAACACAGCAGAGCCUCUCCGGACGCGCCCCAGGGCCCCUCCGUCCUCUGGGGCCGCAGCAAGCCUGUGGUGGGUGGACUGGCUCACUGGAACCCGGAGCAGUCCUUCGACUCUCGCACGGCGUGAGUUCCCCGCUGCUUCCACCGCUGUUAGGUAUUUGCCCAGCAGUGUUCCCACUCCUCAUUCCUACAGACUGGAGAUGGAAAAGGUUGGGGCCCAAGAACCUUGGGAGCCCGUCAGCUUGUGUCUUGGUUUGUGAGGAAGUUACCGCCUCUCAUUCUGGCCAGUUCCUUCCGGUAGCCACGAGGCAGUCUGCAAGAAGCACACUGUCUGUGGAAAGAGAACAGAGUUCACCAUUCGGAAGUCCUGCAUCUUCACCCUGGAGGUGGGACACUACCCAUGGCGACCAGCUCGCCCUUCUGCACUGUGACAGGGCUGGCAGGGAGCCGGAUGCUUGCAGGAUGCUGAGCUGGAAGGAGCACCAGCCUCGGAGCUGAGACAGAUGUCUUCAAGUCCCGGCUCAUCUUAGCCCAGUGACCUUGAUGGGAUGACCUCGAGACGUGUGUUCAGAGCAACAAGCUAUGCAGGAUGAAUUGAGGACCAGGGCUCAAGGUCCUUGCCAACUCUGGCAUGCUAUCGUUCUUUGAUUUUAUGUACACAUAUAUGUUUUUUUCUGUUUGUUAAGAACUAACUCAAGAAUAUUUCCUUUAGCUAGUUUAAAAAGAAAAAAAAAUAUUUUAUUUAAUAAACAAGUUUGUGGCCAAAUGCUGUGCUGAGGAGACAAUCAUCGUAUAGCUUUAUAAUUUUCUUCCUGCUUCUGAGUGUCAUCCGACGAUGCCGAUAGGCUUAUUGGGUUGGGUUUCUGCUUGCGGGUCUGGUUUGAUGGCCUUGGUUUGUCACACAGAGGAAAUUAUCUUGGCAGCUGCCUCCUGUAGGUGAACUCCUGGAGAAAGCGAGUUUGCCUUUCAAUAAACGAUAUUGCCCAACAGGA